GAGAGAGAGAGAGAGAGAGAGAGAGACAGAGUCAAAAGAGAAGAUGCUCGAGAAAUCUCGUCAAUGGCGGACUGGGGUUUUUCACCUUAGCCAGUCAAAUCAAGGAGGCGGAUGCGAUGGAGAAUAUUGAAAAGAAAAAAAAAGUUUAGUUGAAGAAUAAAUUGAAGAUUCGAAUCGACAACCACAAAGUCAGUCUUGUGUGUCUCUAAGCUGUGUCUUCGUCAUUAGGGAAGAGUUGGUUCUGGUUUAGGUUCGGAUAGAUGGAUGAGAUAAGAGGAGUGCCUACGUGGCAAGAAGAGCUGGCGAGUCUCGUUGACACCGGGUUACAAUACGACAGAGCACCGGUCGAUUUAACGGAAAUCCGCUCGAAGAGAUCGGGUUCUGUGUCGGCGGAUGGAUCCGGAUCCGAGCCUAGGGAGACAUUGAAAGAUCAAGUGACGGGGUUCAUGAAAUCAUGGGGAGAGAUGCUUCUUGACCUCACCAAAGGUUGCAAGGACAUUGUGGUGCAGACAGUGGUCACUGAGGACUCGUUCGUCGUACGGAAGCUUGGUAAACCGGCUGCUAAAGUUUCCAAGAAGCUAAGCUUUCUGAACGAGUUUUUGCCUGAGGAUCGUGAUCCGGUUCACGUUUGGCCUGUGAUCUUCUUCGUCUUCCUCUUAGCACUCGCAGCAUUGAGCUUUAGUCCGGAGCAUGAUAGACAAAUGCCAGUGAUAAAGAAACUGCGUAUACAUCCUACCGGUGCCACCCGUGUACAGCUUCCAGAUGGUAGAUAUAUGGCUUACCAAGAGCUUGGUGUUUCAGCAGAAAGAGCAAGAUACUCUUUCGUUGUGCCUCAUUCUUUUCUUUCCUCUCGACUUGCAGGCAUACCUGGAGUGAAGAACUCAUUGCUGGUGGAGUAUGGUGUCCGUUUAGUGUCAUAUGAUCUUCCAGGGUUUGGAGAGAGUGAUCCUCAUCGUGGUCGAAACCUUAGCUCAUCAGCCUCAGAUAUGAUAAACUUAGCAGCUGCUACUGGAAUUGAUGAUAAAUUCUGGUUACUUGGCUACUCUACUGGUAGUAUGCAUACAUGGGCUGCAAUGAAAUACUUUCCUGAGAAAAUUGCAGGAGCUGCAAUGGUGGCUCCGGUGAUAAAUCCAUAUGAGCCAAGCAUGGUUAAGGAAGAGAUGGUAAAAACAUGGGAGCAGUGGCUAACAAAGAGGAAAUUCAUGUACUUUUUGGCACGGCGGUUUCCUAUUCUUCUUCCUUUCUUCUACCGUAGAUCUUUUCUCUCUGGUAAACUCGAUCAGUUUGAUCAGUGGAUGUCAUUAUCUUUAGGAGAAAAGGAUAAUCAUCUGAUCAAAGACCCUACUUUCCAAGACUUUUACCAAAGGAACGUGGAGGAAUGCGUCCGUCAAGGAAUCGCAAAACCAUUUGUAGAAGAAUCCGUGCUUCAAGUGUCGAACUGGGGUUUUAGUCUUUCCGAAUUCCGAACACAGAAGAAAUGUACAACCAACGGUGUCCUUUCUUGGCUCAUGUCAAUGUACAGUGAAGCCGAAUGUGAACUAAUUGGAUUUCGAAAACCCAUUCACAUAUGGCAGGGAAUGGAUGAUCGAGUGGCUCCACCAUCAAUGAGUGACUACAUCAGCAGAAUGAUUCCUGAAGCAACUGUACAUAAGAUUCCAAACGAAGGUCACUUCUCAUACUUCUAUUUCUGCGAUGAGUGCCAUAGACAAAUUUUCUAUGCUUUAUUCGGAGAACCCAAAGGCCAGCUUGAAAGAGUGAAAGAAACAAAGGACACUCUAGCCGAAACAGAGGCACAUAAGGACACUUAGUACUACUACAACCACCCAAGAGUAAAGAAGUUAAAAAAAAAAGGUGGAAAUUAGCUAUAGAAAGUCAAAAACUACAUUUUUUUUUUUUGUUUCAGAGUUUAUAGGGCUACAAACUUAUACCAACUAGAAUUAUAUUUUAGAUUUCCAAUGGUGUAGUUACAAGAUUGACUUAUCAAUGGGUUUCUAAACUUGUUCUGAUUA